AUGGCUGUUUACACAGGCGUGGGGGCCCCCAGUGUCGGCCAGUUCAUGCCAAACUGCUCCCCGCUUUGCUUUCCCUACCGGCACGGCGAGCGCGGCGUGCGAGGUGAACCGGACAAAGCCAUCAUCGAUGAUAUGUGGCUGGGGGUGACGGUGGCCAGCCAGCGGCAGCCGGCGGGGAGGGUGCUGGCUUGCGCUCACCGUUACACCAAGGUGCUGUGGUCGGGCAGCGAGGACCAGCGGCGUAUGGUGGGCAAGUGCUACGUGCGGGGCAACGACCUGCGCCUCAACAUCAGCGACGAGUGGCAGACCUACCACAACGAGAUGUGCAACUCCAACACGGACGCCGACGAGACCGGCAUGUGCCAAAUGGGCACCAGCGCCGGCUUCACCGCCAACAUCAUCUAUUUCGGGGCGCCCGGUGCCUAUAACUGGCAAGGUACCGACUACAUGCUGCAGCGGGAGAUGUGGGACCUGCACGACUUCUCCUACCCCAACAAGAGGAGCGGCAAUACCUAUAUAGCCCUGGAGUACACGCUGGAGGCUGACAAGGACCGGCACCCCCCCAGGGUCAGGUUUUUGGGCACCCACUCUGCCACCUACCGCGGCGUCUUCCCCAUGCCCGAAACCCGCUGUGAAUCCAAGGAGCUCCUGCUGCUGGACAACAUCCGAGACAAGCUGCACCCCAUCGUGCUCUCCAUGAACUACUCGCUGGUGGAGAAGCCCAGGACCUUUCAGCUGGGCCCCCACUCCCUCGAUGCUUUCCCUGUCCUCAACCAGGACCAGUCCCACGAGAAUGAGACCAAGAUCGAGUUCCAGAAGGAAUGCGGCUCCGAUAACAAGUGCUACAGCAACCUCCAGCUCCAGAGCAGCUUUGUCACUGACCAGAACCAGCCCCUGCCCAGGUUGAACGGUACCCAGGUGUUGCAGUACAGCCGGGACAUGCGGAAGCUCUACCUGAGCAUCAACAUCACCAACGUGCCCACCACCCCCUCCAACGGCGAGGAUGCCCACGAGGCGCUCCUCAACGUCACCGUGCCGGCCAGCCUGCUGCCGUCCUCCGUCCGCCCGAGCGGAGCGUGUACCAUUGCAGAGACGGUGCUGUGCGAACUGGGCAACCCUUUUAAGAGGAACCAGAGGGCAGAGCUGAUCAUCACCUUCGAGGCCAUUAGGAUCAUGCUGGAUACACGGGAGAUCUUGGUGUGGCUGGACCUGUCCACGCAAAGCACCCAGGAGGACCUGCAGCCCGUGCUGGCCAAGUUGCUGGUGGACUACAGCAUCCAGUCCUCGCUGACCAUAGUCUCCUCCCAUGCCCAGUCACACUUCAGCGGGACGGUGGUGGGCGAGUCGGCCAUGCGGAGAGAGCAGGACGUGGGCAGCCCCCUCGCCUUUGAUUUCCAGGUGACCACCAAGAACGAGUCACUGGGCACCCUGGGCACCAUCCUGCUGGGCUUCGAGUGGCCCUACGAGAUCCCCAAUGGCAAAUGGCUCCUCUAUCCCACCGAGAUCCUCGUCAACAGCAAUGAAACCUGCCAGCCCCCCGGGGGGGUCAUUAACCCCCUCAACCUCACCCUGCUGGAGGACCAGGUUCCAUCCCGGCAGAGACGGGAGCUGGAGGCCCCUGAGCCAGCAGAGCCCCCCGUCAUCCUGGCCACCGCCAAAAAAGCUAAGUCGGAGGUGGUGCUGAGCUGCUCCAAGGGCACCGCUCGCUGCAUCUGGUUCGAGUGCCCCCUCCUUCACACCCAGGACUCCACCACCUUCAGCAUCCGUGCCCGGGUGUGGAACAGCACCUUCAUCGAGGAGUACAGUGACUUUGACCGGGUGAAGGUGGAUGGCACGGCCACACUCUUCCUCCGGACUCACAUCCCCACCAUCAACAUGAAGAACCACACGGUGCGGUUCUCCGUGGACGUGGACUCGGAGCUGACGGAGGAGCAGCCGGCCGAGAUCGCGCUGUGGCUGGUGCUGGUGUCGGUGGCGGCCGGGUUGCUGCUACUGGGGCUGAUCAUCCUCCUCCUCUGGAAGUGCGGUUUCUUCCGACGGGCCAACACGCGGGCCAUGUACGAAGCCAAGGGGCAGAAGGCAGAGAUGAGAAUCCAGCCGUCGGAAACCAAGCGGCUGACGGAUGACUACUAA